AUGCAUUGCCAAGCCGAGCUGAGACUCUCCUCUCCCGGGCAGCUGAAAGCAGCCAGGCGGCGCUACAAGACUUUCAUGAUCGACGAGAUCCUUUCCAAGGAAACUUGUGAUUACUUUGAGAAACUUUCUCUUUACUCAGUGUGCCCCUCUCUCGUUGUUCGGCCGAAGCCUCUUCACUCGUGUUCGGGGUCAUCCUCAUUGCGUGCCUAUCCGCUCCUCUCAGUCAUCUCACGGCAGCCCCACAAUGUGCACCCGCACCUCGGCCAGCCUCCGUCUCCGGGACGGGUGCCCCCACACUUGCCUCUGCUCCCUGCCCAGCACCCGCGGGUCUCCACCGAGCCUUCGCCCAGCCAGACGCCGGUCAGCAUCAGCAGCGAGUCCGAGACGGAGCACAGCACCCCCCGUCUGAAGAAGCCGCGCCGCAGCCGCACCAUCUUCACUGAGCUGCAGCUGAUGGGCCUGGAGAAGAAGUUCCAGAAACAGAAGUACCUCUCCACGCCAGACAGGUUAGACCUGGCCCAGUCUCUUGGUCUGACACAGCUUCAAGUUAAGACAUGGUACCAGAACAGACGCAUGAAGUGGAAGAAAAUGGUGCUGAAAGGAGGUCACGAGGCCCCCACCAAGCCCAAGGGGAGACCAAAGAAGAACUCUAUCCCCACCACAGAGGAGAUUGAGGCAGAGGAGAGGCGGAUGAGGAUGGAGGAAGAGGAGAGGAUGAGGAGGGCAGCCGAAGAAGCAGUGCAGGCUCAUGGUGGAGACGUGUCUCCUUUGGGUCCCCAGGACCUGAGCACAGUCCCCUCUAUAACAAUAGAAGCCCGCAAUCUCUCCGUCAUAACUGAUGGUGCUGAGCGAGGGUCACCGCUUCCAAUGCAGUCAGAGACUCAUGCUGCCAGCUAA